GUCGGAUGGAGCUCUCGCGUUAGUUGGACCGGGAUUCCGGUCGGAGAGGACAGAGGAGUCGCUUGCAGAGAGAAAGAAGGAAAGGAGAAGACAGAUAUUUAUCAUUCGCAAGGACAUCUCUAGAAAGUAGCCAUGGGAAACAUCUUUGGAAACCUACUGAAAAGUCUUAUUGGAAAGAAGGAAAUGCGAAUACUGAUGGUGGGGCUUGAUGCUGCUGGAAAGACCACCAUCUUGUACAAACUGAAGCUUGGCGAGAUUGUGACCACAAUUCCCACCAUAGGCUUCAACGUGGAGACAGUGGAAUACAAGAAUAUCAGCUUUACUGUGUGGGAUGUGGGCGGCCAAGAUAAAAUCCGGCCACUCUGGAGACACUAUUUUCAGAAUACUCAGGGGUUAAUAUUUGUGGUGGACAGCAAUGACAGAGAGCGGGUGAAUGAAGCACGUGAAGAGCUGAUGCGGAUGCUGGCAGAAGAUGAGCUGAGAGAUGCGGCUUUGCUUGUUUUUGCAAACAAACAGGACCUGCCCAAUGCUAUGAAUGCUGCUGAGAUAACAGACAAGCUGGGGCUGCAUUCACUGCGUAAUCGAGAUUGGUACAUCCAGGCUGCCUGUGCCACCAGUGGAGAUGGUCUUUAUGAGGGGCUAGACUGGCUAGCCAACCAACUGAAAAACAAGAAGUGAAGGGAAGUGACCCAACUUGAGCCUCCCCAGCGUGCACCUAACUCUUCUUCCCCCAUCUCUAUGUCCAAGUGUCCCUCUCCUGCCAAUCCAGGUUGAGGUUGACUUCUGGUAAAGACCACAAUUUCUCACCUACCCCGCUGAUCCCACAGUCGCUUUCUUUGCCAUUUUGGUUUGGAGUGGGUUUAUCAAGAGAGAUGCUUCUCCUUAUUCAUACAGCUGCUGUUAUUUGUUAUUUUGUUUUUUUUCUUCCUAUGAAGAUUUGGGGUGGGGAAGGAUAGUGACAUAUGGCAGCGCCUACCAGAGUACUCUAACCCCUGUAGACAGGGAUGGUACAGGAAAGAAUAAGGAGGCUGUGCUAUUUUGCUAAAUAUGAAACUCCCUGUAUAGAAGAUAUGAGGGACCUACUUGGCUUUUUUGUGGUUGUUUUUAAGGCUGGUUUCCUUUAUGUAUUAGAUGUUUUAAGCAGAGAAACACUUUUGCUGACAUACUGUAGGUUUUUUGUUUUGAAGGAGGAACUACCCAAGAUUGUAAGUUCAAUAAUAUAACAGGCUAUUCAUUCUAGCAAACCAUUUUAAUACCUUCUAAACCCACAUCUGAUCAUUACUAGAUAAGCAAUGAUAAUCUUGCAGUUGCAAAAUCAUUUUAGUCCUUCCUGCUUUUUCAUUAUGUUGUAAAAAAUGUUUCCUUAAAAAAAAUUAUAUUGAAUAGAUGUGUUAAAAUGAAUUAUAUAUUUCAAAACAAUUUGGGCUUAAUUUCUAAACGAGAAUUUGCAACAAAAGAAUUGCAAAUUAUGGAUUUGGUGAUUUAUUUUUUUCAGACUGUCACGGACAACAAUCUGCCGAUUCAAUAUUCAACUGGCUUUAAAAACAUUUGCCAACACAAACAUGUUUUGAUAGCUGGAUUCACAAGACUUUAAAAUACUGUAUCACUGUCAGUUGCUAGACUACUCUUAGGUGACACCCGGCCUGGCCAUAAGUUGUUUAGAACAGCUACCUUGAUAUAGAUUGGUUACCCUGGCUGUAAAAUAGUUAGAUGAUUAAUUGUUAAUUGAACACCAGGUAUACUUGAAUAAAGAUGCAUCUCCAACAAUUACUCUGUCAAAUAAUAGAAUCGAACUGUUGGUCCCAUUAACUAUCAUUUAUAUUUGCUUUUUGUUUUAUACAUAUAUUUACUCACGUAGCUGGAUUGCAGAUAAUUAUCAAGAGAGUUACAGAUUUUAGACAAUAAAAGCCAUUAUGGUAAUAACAUUGGAUAUUACAACUCUUGUGCCCUGAAGUUUGUCAUUUCUCCAAAUUGUCUGAUUUACUGAAUAAACCCCCAAGUGAUCCUAUACAAAAUAGCAUUAGUAAUGUUAAUUGGGGUAAGAGCAAUAUCUAUUCCCAUGACAUAUCAUUAGUGAAGUCUCAGUGUAUUCUUCCUGCUAAGUAAUAUAUGAUUAUUAAUUAUCAGCCGAGUGCCAGUGAAUUGAUUUUUCUCUCCUUGUAACCACUGAGUACUUUUGUUUUCUAUAUCUCUGUCUAUGAAUAAUUACUAUAAUUGUCCUUGUGUAACUAAAUUUGUCAGAUAUGCUUGUUUACCCAGUGUAGAUCCCUGAGAAAUAUGUUAGCACAUUAAAGGAUAAUAAUCAUCAAGUUAGUCCGGCCCCACCAUAAUAUACUGGUCGUAAUGGCAUAACAACUAUUUAUUUAUCUGUAAAUACAUAGCUAACUAGCUAACCUUAUCCACUCUGACAGGUCGCUGCUCAAAAACAGAUUCAAUCUUCCCAUGGGUACACUUUGAACUAAUGUGAGAGUUAAAUGUACAUGAGCUAUGCAUGCAAGUUGUACUAUCCUUUAGCACCUGCUGUAAUGAAAUAAGAGGUUAUUCAAGCACAGUACGCUCCAGUAGUUAAAACAUCACCGCCCUUAUUUAUAAUGACCAGUGCUGCUCCCAAUGAUGUCACUAUUGUAGUCUGCACUCCUUCUGUGGGUUACAUCACUGGGCGAAGGUCCAAAUCUCUGUAUGUCCAACUGCAUCUCUUUGAGUUAAAAUUAAAUGUAUGAGUGCAGAGUAAAAAGCAUAAAAUUGACAUUAAUACUUCUAUUCUAAACCAUGUUGUUUGUAAUCUUUCAUAAAUCUCAUCCUCAUCAUAGUUCUAUAAAGUUAAUUUAAAAGGGAUGCUUAUGGUAGCUAACUGUAUUAUUUGCCAUACGUUACUUGCCUGUUGAAAGAACAAAAAAAAAUGUAUACCAGAAUGAUACACAAAUGAUAUGAGGACGUUGACUGCCCGAGGCUGAUGGGAAAUCAGAUAAUGCCAGGUAAUUGACGGAGGCCAAAACAAAUACAGUAUUCAUGUUAAACCAACUUAUGACCAAUGGGACCAUGUUGUCAGUUUAGUCCAGGCUACAUAAUGACUUUAUAGUCCACAAAAAAAUUAGGUUAGACUGACAGAGUGAUUAGCAGAAAAUAACAAGACUGAGAUAUCAAUUCAUGCUAAUGCCAAAUUAUGUUGAUUUUACAUUUGAUUGUGAUCCACUCUCAUUAGAUUGAAGGAUUACUUGUUAUACAUCACUUUGAAAAAAUUGCAUCUCAAUUAGAGGACAUUGACAUCAAUUAUGUUUUAAAGAAAUAACUUGCUGGCUUUGUCCCAUAGGCUUUAGGUCUGACCCCCUCAUUUCCAACCCUUUAGAAACAAACAUCUCUUCCAAAGUCAGAUGAAUUGGAAAUUAUAUUUUUACACCAACAUAUUUUCACCCACUUUCUGGCUGGACCACCCAUUUGAAAGCCAACUCUAAACGUUUGUGUCAGGCUUCAUACUUCCUUCUCAUACAGGGGGCAUGGAAAAGAGGUCAUCAGGCCACUGGCACUACAUUCUUCCCACCCAUGGUUACAACUCAUUGGCGAAUUUUCAAGACUAAAAAACAUUUUAUGAGUUGUCUGUGAUAUUCUUUUUAAAGAAAUGAAGGGUAAAACAAUAGUUUAGAUAUAGAGCACUUAAAAAGUCAUUGUAGGCACUGUAACUGCUUCAGCUCGUUGAAGCGUUAGUGUCAGAAGUCCCUUGGUGCUAUUCUUCCGUCCAGUGUUAUACUGUUCUUAAUAUUUGAGUACUAAACAAGAAUCUCAAGCAGUCCAUCCCCUCUGUGCUGCUUGAGCUAAUGAGGAAGCAUUAGCCUGAGCAGCAUUGGAUGACUGUGAUUGACAGAGAACGUAAGCUUACCGAUUUCAGCCUAUCACAGUGCACGCUGAUGGUAUGAGUUGGUAUUGCUAGAAGGAAGUGUGUAGACUGCUAUAGCCAUACCUCCAGUAGGAACUAGGUUGCAGGUGGUCGGGAACUCUUAUUAUUGCAGAACUGCUCAGAAAUGGUUUAACAAUAACGGAGGGUCUUGUGCCAGAGGACACCAGGCAGUAUAACCAAUUCAAAAAGAUUAAAUAGUUAUAGUGCCUACAGUGUCCCUUUAAUAUGUGACAUAUUAAUAAAGGGAAACUGAAGGCAUGACAGGAAUCCAAAAAUUAAAAUCAAAUAAAAAAAUCAUAAAUGCUAAAAUGUAUGCAUUUUACAUUAAAUCCAAUUUUAAUAAAUCAGCCUUUCCAUUUUGGAUUCUGGCAGUAACCCUCUGACAGGGGUGGGACGAUCAUAGGAGAUGCAGCUAACUAUGUAGUUACAAGCAGGGCUAUUCACAAAAGUGGGAACUAAUCAGAGAUUAAAAUCAAUUCAAAAUGAAAUAAAGCUGAAUGGGAAACUUUCUUUAAGUCCACUAUGUUUUCAGUCCAACUGUUGUGGCCUAAAUUUGUAACUUUUAUUUCCGCCAGUUCACACUUUAGUUAAUAGCGCUUUAGCUGUGCCCGAAUCCUCUGCUAUGAUGAACCCUCAAGAAAAAUUCUUGACCAGAGGGAGCUGCUGGUCCUUAGACCCGUGGUUUUAUCUGCUAUUUUCCUUAUUUCCGGACCCCAGGGUGUUGUUUCUUUAAUAACUGACAAUAAUAUAUUUGUGCUACCAUUGUACCCUUACAAUACACAUUGUGCAUUUUUCGCAUAAGAGACUGUUUUGUUUAUCCAGUGAUGGUUUGAGUUGAUAUUUAUUGAUAUUGUUUGACUGUAAUUAGCUGCUGUUUGUUACUUUUCUGUACAUACAUGAAACUUACUGCCGUGACCUCCUUCCGAAUUCUUUUCUCUUUCUUCCUCCUUUGCAUCUGGUCUAUGUGUGGUGCAUAGUGGAAAGUAUGGUUUAAGCUGGAUAAUAUUUUUUGUUAUAUAUAUUUUGGAAUGUAAGCAGUAUGUAUUUAAAGUAAUUAAAAGCC